AUGGAAAGAACAAAUUAUUGUGCUUUAUUACAUUUUGUGAUAAAACAUCUCGACGAAGAUUUUGAAUCAGUUUUUAAAAAAUGUGAAAAUUUUGAUAUUAAUGCAUUGAAUGAGCUUACAUUUUUGAAUGUACCGGAAGCGAGUAAGUCUUUACUUCAUUUAGCUAUAAAGGAAAGAAAACAGAAUGUAGUUCAAGUUUUAAUAGAAUUUGGUGCAAAUGUUGAUAUUAAAGACGGCCGUGAACGAACACCUUUAUUUUACGCCGUUCUUUUUAAACAAGUAGAAAUAGCAGAAAUGCUUUUAAAAGCAGGAGCGGAUGUUAAUGCGAAAGAUGGUAAAAAUAUGAUGCCAAUAAAUUAUGCAUUUGGUGAAAGAGAAGAUUCGAAUAGCAAUGAAAAAUACAAACCCUCGAAAUUAGUAACGCUCUUGUAUUCCUAUGGAGCUGAUUUGAAUUUCAACAAUCAGAGUGGCUCAAUGACAUUGCUUAUGGUUUGCAAGGAAGGCAAUUUCAGAGAAAUAGAAUUUUUAAUUGAACAUGGAGCUGAUUUAAUGUCCCGUGAUUGUCGCGGUACCACGGCAUUACAUUCUGCAGUUGAGGGGAAUAACUACAAUCUUGUAGAUUCUUUAUUACGUAACGGUUUUGACAUUAAUGCUAAAGAUUCAUACGGCCACAGUCCUGUUCACAGGCUGGCAACUUUUUCGGACGAUAUGUAUGAACUGCUUGAUGCGUAUGGAGGCGAUUGCAGUGAUACAUUGAAUGAAACCCAUUGUAAUAAAAUUAAAGAAUCCGCAAAUAUGGUUGAAUUUUUAGCGGACAAUGGAGCAGAUAUCAAUAUUUUUAUGCAUGAAAAAUAUACUCCUUUGUUGUGUAGCGUUCAUAGGAAUCAUCUUGAAAUAACCGAAUGCCUUUUGGAGUUAAACGCCGAAAUUCCUAAAGAUUUAAAUGAUCCGUAUUAUUACCGCAGUUUUCCUGAGUUUCACGAAAAUUUAAAGUUUAUUUAUAAUAGAAUUACAACGUGGGUACUAUUAACAUCAUUUUUAGCACUUAAAAAUAUCGAUGUUCAUGAUUAUUCUAUUUUGGAUGAAAAAUUUCAAUGGGUCUAUCCCUUUUUUAAAAAGUGCAAAGAAGAAGUGAUCAAAAUGCAAGAAAGAAGAAUAUGGGCAGAUCGAAAAGUUUCAUUUUUUGAUUUUCUAAAUGAAGAUUUGUUGAAGGUGACAAAAUAUUUCAGAAAUGAUGAUGUAAUGUCUGUUUUGGAAUCUGAAAAAUAUCACGAAUUUCCAGAUUACACAUAUAUGUUUGAAAAGCGUAAAGAGAGAGUUGAGAAAAUGAAAAAUUGUCAGAAUGUUUUUAUUCGUUUUCUCGAGGAAUUUUUUAAGAGAAAUUUACCAACCCUGGCAAUUGAUAAAAUAAUUAGUUACUUGACGGCUGGUGAUCUGCGAAAUUGUGGAAGAGCAUUAUGUAUAACGGAAGAAUCACCUAAUGGAAAAUAUUUCAUUGUUUACCAAAAAUAAUAAAUUUCAUACAUUGUAAGAAACAUUCACAAUAAGAAAAG